AUGGCCGCUUUCCAAGACUCUUUAUGCGUGGCCCCCAUCCGUACUAUCAAUCCCGCAAACGGGAAGACAUCCGCAGUCGUGGUAUCCGGUAGCGAGGUCGCAACCACCACACCUGCGUGGGGCAUAGACAGAUAUCUCGUUGUCUCGCCUUAUACCGAUGCAAACCAUCUCCUCGAUCUCGGGAGCCUCGAUCGUGAGAAUCACCUUCUUGCGCUCGCCUUGGUCAACUUGCAAUGUGUCCGGGAGGACUACGCAACUGCCCCGUAUCUGGAGACGUUCAAUUGGGCAGAGGUCAUGACAAAUCUGCGUGAUCUUGCUAGGGAGAUGAACUACGUCUGGAAGGAGACUUCCUUCUAUAUUGUCGCCUUCCGUUCGCAGAUUCCGCCAACAACAGUCUAUGCGGAGCUAGGCACGCUGGAUAAAGCAGCGCAUAUUGAAGCAACUGCAAGUGGCGGGUUCUUGAAGUACUGGUUUGGGACCCCGGAUGCAGAGGGCCGCAACCUUGCGACGUGUAUCUGGAGGUCGCAAGAAGACGCAAGAAAAGGAGGUGUUGGUCCAGCUCACCGAAAAGCAGCCGGGGCUGCGAGAUCGCUUUAUUCACAUUGGAAAAUCGACCGCCAUCGACUUACCGUCCACGAACGUCUCGAGAGCUGGGAAAUGGCCGACUGGACAGCGGACACUGGGCAGCAACACCCUUGA